CUCGCGGUUCGCGGCAGCUCACUCGUCAGAACCAAAGGCACACACACUCAUCUCUUCAGUCGUCAGCAUGGGGAACUUCGCGUCGUGCACGAUGGCAAGGGUGCCGGGGGCGGCGAGGGGGGCGAAGGUGGUGCUGCCGGACGGCGCGGUGAGGGUGGUCAGGGUGCCGGCGAAGGCGGCGGAGCUGAUGCUCGAGGCGCCGGGGCACUUCCUCGCGGACGCGCGCGCGCUGCGGGCGGGGCGCAGGGUCGCGGCGCUCGGCGCCGACGAGGACCUCGAGCUGGGCGGUCUGUACGCCGCGUUCCCCAUGAAGCGCCUGGGCGCGCCCGCCGCGCCGGCCGACCUGGCCCGCCUGGCGGCCGCGGUCUCCAGGGAGGCCGCCGCGCGGAGGUCGUCCGCUUCGGCCAAGGUGGCGGCCGUGGUGGCGCCGCACGACGCCUCCGUCGCGGUUGUGUCGGCAGCGGACGACGGCGCCCGGCCGAAGUUGGACGAGAUGCCCGUGGGCGACGCGGCGGCUGAGGCGGAGAUCGGCGAGCUCAAGCAGCGGAUCAGCGGCGGCCGCCGGUCGAGGCGGCCGACGUUGGAGACCAUACACGAGGAGUGCUACGCGCCAGCAGCGAGAUGCUAGUGAUACUAGUAGUAAUUAGCGAAGUAACAAAGUGAGAUGGCAAAGGCCAUUUCUCGUAAUAUUUUUUCUUUGUUUUGAACCCUAUGUAAAAUAUUUCUUUCUUUGGAGCCACCUCUUUUUUCAUGUUUUUUUGAGAGAGGAAAGGGGAGUAUAAGUUGAAAGAAUAGCAUGGUGGCUCAUGGGUAACUUGGCAACUUGUUGAUCAGAAAAACACACUAAUUCUCUCUUGUAUUGCCCGUGAUCCUAUUGGUACACGAGACAAGUGGCUCAGCUGCUUCAGUUAGUGCACACGCCUGAACACUAGUUAGUUCUGGAGGAGUACAUGAGAGUAAAUCAUUGA